AUGGUCAUCGUCGACAGGUCCGGAGUCCACUGGCUUGAGGUGCGAUGCUGCGGGUGUCCCAAUGCAAUGAGUCCGGACAUUCAAAUGUUUCGACACGGCUUGUUCGCUGCAUCUUUCAACAGGCCGAAGACCUUGUUCACAUUCAGCGUUCUUGAUGAUUUUCUGCUGGACAACCUUGAAUGUGGCACCUCGGCAAUGAAUUAUUACAACAAGCUUUGGCGAAUGACCUUGAGCACAUUUCCACACCUCGUGCUCCUCAUGAGGGUCUCCCGGCAGUGGCGACACUUGAAGAACAUGAAGUGGCAUGGCUUCAGCCAUCAUUCCAACUACCGCGAGCCAGGGGACCUAGCAUUGUUCUGCCCGGCAUGUCCUCAGCCUGGCAUUAAUCUAUCUCUGACGACAGAAGAAUCACUUGAUGACUGGAAAUACACCAGGUCAUUCGUGAUGGAUGGGAACUUCAAAGCGGAACACCUGCAUCCAAUCAACCCAGACGAUGAAGUAUGGUUGUCCGAUGGAUUUGGAUUUAUGGUUGGAAAGGACAGGUACCAGAGGCAUCUUGCAGUAGCUACCGAUACUUUGGAAAGGUCGAGCUGCAACAACCAUCGAGCUGUCAAUCAAGCGAAUGCGGCUCGGCACAAGCUGGAGUCCACGGGAUUGGGGGGGUGGCCUGUGCCCUGA